GUUAGGUGUCACAUAAUCUGUCAUUCCACAUAUAAACAAUACGGCGUGCGAAUCUUUCAAGUGAUUUCACAUAAAUUCCUUCCAAAAUACCAUUCCGUGAACGCCCAGUCAUACUAUUUUGCGUAUUCUAAAACCAAAAGCCGCCAGUAACAAUGCCGAAUAGUGUAGACUCGUCUAAUGACUCUUCGGAACAGGAGCGUGUCAAACGUGCAAAGUCGGAAAAGAAAAGGGAGAAAAGAAAAUUGGUCGAAUCCAGAGCCGACACGAAGCCCGGUUCAACCGCCGUCUCCAACCACACACUGGACACUUUUCUGGAUGCUCGAAAACAUAUAAAGACUGUUCGCGACAAGUCGACCGUACAGCCAGUGAAAAUCAGUUCCGAUGAAGAGGUGUGGAUCUUCCAGUGUCCGAAAAACAUCGAGACCGCGGACUUACUUGGCCGCAAAAUUGUUCUGCCUCAACCGAUGCAGAUCAUCCAAUCGAAGCGAGGAAACAUGGAGUUCGAAUGUAAAUUAGAGUUGACAAAGCAGGAACAUCAUUUAACGGUGAUUUGCCCGACGAACGGAUACCCGGAAGCUGUAAGUGUGAAACAGGCUGGAAUGAUAUCGAUUCGUGAGCGAAUCAAGUUACCUGAACCGAAAGAAAACGGAAGCAUCGAUACGAAUUCCACGGAUAGACAGUUUUUCUAUCCCACCAAUCUCAAGAUACGUCAUCCCUUGCUCGGUGUCAAUUUCGACAAUAUUGCAAUCAAACAGGAGCGAGAUACAGAUUCCAUCCGAAUUUCACCGAAAAAGAAGAGAAGCAUUGGACAUACCAGCAGCGAUAGAAUCAGAAUCAAGCAGGAACCCGACGAUGAGAUGGUCGUAUUAUCCACGAAAAAAGAUAAGAAGCGCCACAAACGUCCGAGAGAAAGCGUAGAAAUUAAAUUGGAGCCUGACGAAGAGGUUCAGCCAUCGAAGAAACAUAAGUCGAAUAAGAAAAUUCGAUCCGACGAAGACACAAUCGGUCACAUUGCAUCUCCAACGAAACACAAAAGGACAUCGAUAAAAAUUGAACCUGACCUGGUCUAGGGACGCAAGCUCAAAAAAUCGAAUUGUUGCCAGAAUGCUACGUUGCUUCACGGGCUCUUUGCGCUGUAAAAUGGUUUAAAGUGUGUCCUUCUCCUUCAUACAAUGUACAAUUGUAGACGCGCGAAAUGCAACGAUUUUUAUUAAAGAACAUUUGUUAUGAA